AUGGCUGAGGCGAAAACCUCGGACCAGGCGUCCGAGCCAAACGCUGCGGGGCUACUGCUGGGACAUUUCGUAGCUAAGGGGUUGGUUACUCAGGAGAUGUUAAAUAUAUCUAAGAAAUCAACUUCUUGCUUUGUGAACUUCUCCAGACUACAGCAGAUCACAGAUAUUCAAGCUGAAAUCUACCAGAAAAACCUGGAAAUUGAACUCCUAAGACUAGAAAAAGAUGCAGCAGAUGUUGUCCAUCCUUCUUUUUUGGCACAGAAGUGUCAUACUCUGCAAAGCAUGAAUAAUCAUUUGGAAGCGGUGCUAAAAGAAAAGCGAUCCCUCAGGCAAAGACUGUUGAAACCCAUGUGCCAAGAAAACUUGCCUAUUGAAGCUGUUUAUCACAGACACAUGGUGCAUUUGCUGGAGUUGGCAGUAACUUUCAUUGAGAGAUUAGAAGAUCAUCUUGAAAUAAUUAGAAAUAUCCCUCAUUUAGAUGAAAAUCUAAAGAAAAUGAGCACAGCCUUAGCAGAAAUGGAUAUUUUGGUGGCUGAGACAGCAGAACUGGCAGAGAAUAUACUCAAGUGGCGAGAACAACAGAAGGAAAUUUCCUCUUGUAUCCCCAGAAUAUUAGCUGAAGAAAAUUUUCUUCAUAAAUACGAUGUUACAGUGCCUCCUUAACCUUUUAUUUCUAAAAUUAAUGUUCAAACUAUUAAUGCAAAGUAA